AUGUCCGCCAUUCAAGUUCGCCACGCUGCCAAGCCAACUUCGGCUGAGCUGGAUCGAGCCGCUACAGUUCUGGAACAGGCGUUCAAGGAUGAUGCCUUCGUCAAUGCGUGCAUUGGAGGAGAUCAGUCGCUGAACUUCGCCUUUCAGCGAGCCACGAUUGCCGCUACAGCAAUCGGAGGUCAACUCUGCGAAGAUCAAGGAGAAGCUGGUUUUAACGAAUUGCUGGAGAAGAAGUUCCCGCCUGAGCUCUCUCAAUGGUGGACAUUUCUUCCUAAAUACGAGCAGCAAGUCGAGCACGCUCUAGGGGAAGGACAGAAGCUGGCAUCCUGGCACCUCCAGAUGUUCGGAGUUCUUCCCGAGCUACAAAACAAGGGCAUAGGUACCGCCCUCAUGCAAGCCAUCGUGCCGAAGGCACACGCCGAGGGAAAGGCUGUUGUUCUCGAGACCGAAACAGAGCGGAACAUGCUCAUGUACAAGCACUGGAAAUAUGAGAGCAAGAGCCACGAGCAAUAUGAAAAUGUCUCCGGUGGUUUUCCAAUUUCACGCAAGGUCUUCAGCUCACCGUCGACACCUCUACCGCACCUGACAAUGCAGCAGUCACUUAUCAUUCGAUGCCUGUCUCUGGUCAUCGUUACUCUUCAGGUCAUGGUCAUGGUCGCUGCAGUCCCUGUGAAUACAGGAGAAGUUGCUUCGGUCGAUGACUUGCCUGAGGAUAUCGAUGUCUUCGGCAAGCACGACGGGUUUUAA